AUGCCCCGAUGCCCCGCGGGGGCCAUGGACGAGGGGCCCGUGGACCUGCGCACCCGGCCCAAGGCCACCGCUCCCGGCGCCGCGCUGCCGCUGCGUAAGCGCCCGCUGCGCGCGCCCUCCCCGGAGCCCGCCGCGCCCCGCGGCGCCCCUGGCCCUGCAGUCCCCGCGGACGCCCUGCGCGGCGGCUGCGACGCCCCCGUCGCCCUGGGGCCCCCGCACGGCCUGGCGCGGCCAGAGGCGCUUUACUACCCGGGACCGCUGCUGCCCCUGUACCCCACCCCACCCAUGGGCUCCCCCUUUCCUCUGCUCAACCUGCCUACGCCCCUGUACCCCGUGAUGUGCUCCAUGGAACACCUGUCCGCCGACAUCGCGGUGGCCACCCGGGCAGACGAGGACGGAGAUACGCCGCUGCACAUCGCUGUGGUACAGGCGAACCUGGCAGCCGUGCACCGGCUCGUCAGCCUCUUCCAGCACGGCGGCCGGGAACUGGAUAUCUACAACAACCUGCGGCAGACGCCGCUGCACCUGGCUGUGAUCACCACGCUGCCGCCCGUGGUCCGGCUCCUGGUGGUGGCAGGGGCCAGCCCCAUGGCGCUGGACCGCCACGGCCAGACGGCGGCUCACCUGGCGUGCGAGCACCGCAGCCCGGCCUGCCUGCGGGCCCUGCUGGACAGCGCGGCCCCGGGCACGGUGGACCUGGAGGCCCGCAAUUACGACGGGCUCACGGCCCUGCACGUGGCCGUGAACACCGAGUGCCACGAAGCCGUGCUGCUCUUGCUGGAGCGUGGCGCCGACAUCGACGCGGUGGAUAUAAAGAGCGGCCGCUCGCCGCUCAUCCACGCCGUGGAAAACAACAGCCAUAGCAUGGUGCAGCUGCUGCUGCAGCACGGCGCCAACGUGAACGCGCAGAUGUACUCGGGCAGCUCGGCUCUGCACUCGGCGUCGGGCCGCGGGCUCCUCCCGCUGGUGCGCACGCUGGUCCGCAGCGGCGCGGACAGUGGGCUGAAGAACUGCCACAAUGACACGCCGCUCAUGGUGGCGCGCAGCCGCCGGGUCAUUGACAUCUUGCGGGGGAAGGCCACCCGGGCCGCGUCCGCGGCGCAGCGCGAGCCGUCCCCGGACCGCAGUGCCACCACGUCCCCUGAGGGCAGCAGCCGCCUGAGCUCCAACGGUCUCCUCUCGGCAUCACCGACCUCCUCACCCUCCCAGUCUCCCUCCAAGGACGCCCCUGGAUUCCCCCUGCCUCCCCACAACUUCUUCCUCCCCCCGCAGUCUCCGCCCGCCUUCCUGCCCUUUCCUGGGGUGCUGCGGGGCCCUGGCCGGCCGGUGCCCCCCUCCCCAGCUCCCGGAGGCAGCUGAGACCGAUGGGGGGGCAGAUCUUGGACUCAGGAGGACUCAACGACCCGCCCCCCCGCAGCACAGGGGUCGACCCUUCCGGGAAACUGUGAAGAUCUCACUCUGCCCCCCCCCCAUCUUUGGGACCAGGAUUUUGCACCGAGGCACAGGCACCUACCCACAGGCCCUUCUGUGCACAGAGACCCUCACCUCGCCCACCAGGACUCGGCCCUGCCACUCCUGGGCUGCAGCCUCCCCGUCUGGGAUCCCACCCAACUCGGCGUCCCGUGGAGAGCCAGGGGCCGGCUGCUCCCCCACUGCCCUGUACGGGGAUGGAGGAGGGGGGCACUGACCACUCUGUAAAUUAUUAGGCAUUUUGGUUGGAUUUCUUUUGUAAUAAACUAUUUUUG